CCCAAUUAGCGAGGUUUUUGCAAAGCGGGUGCGACAGUGGACUGAUGAAUACAUACGAGAAAAUCCACACCUCGGUGGGGGCCGCAACCUCCUUUUAUGACUCGAGAGUGAAUGGCUCAUAAAAAUUGUCUAUCUAAAUCUAUCCGCUUCAAUCGUCUAGGUAUGAUUUCCUUACAUGUCAUCUCAUGCCUGUACCUAUGUAGAAAUAUCGGAGCAGAACCAUUCUUAAUCUGGAUAGUCUGGCAUCCUCGUCUCCUAGUAGUAAUGGUUGCUUUGGAACGAAGGCGAACAAUGGCUGCUGAUAGAGUGAGUAAAGCGAAUCAUCUGUCGGGAAAAAAUGUAGAGUUUGACUUUUAGAUUUUUUUAUUAUAACGUAGGAUUUGGAAUAAGAAAUGACAACAUCAUGUUGAUGCCACAAAGUUGCAAGACUCUUGACUACAAGUCGUUGGGUUAACUCACGCAGAUACCACUAGAGAGACCGUGAUCAUCGUGUUACUAAAAGACACCUCUAACCUUUAAUGGAGAGGGCAAAAUCGCAUGGAGUGAGGUCCGGACAGUUAUCCAACAGGAGAUCGGGCUGCUGGACUCAGAAACGGCUCUGCAGACGCGUGUAGCCCUUGCAGCGCGCGGGGAUCCGCAUAAUAUGCCGACCGUGUGCGAGGCGCUGCUGCCGGAAUCCUGGUUGCGAUUCGAUGAAGAAAUGCGUGCGGAAGUACUCAAGCGUGAGCCAGUAUCCCGGCUAGGCGGUUCACGCAUAGACCUUUAUGAGUGCCGCCUGGUUAUCAGUAACAUAGAUGUACAAAUAGCUAGCUACUCGAAAUGCGUCGCUCAUACUUGUAGGAGAUUUAUACUUCACUCGAUUUGAUGCCAAACUCAAAAAAAUUUACUUAAGUAGAUAACUUCAUACCACUCGAAGAUGUGAUGUUUGAUCUUCGGAACGAGUGAUUCCACCUCACAAUGGGAGAAAGUUCUAAUGUGUUUUGCCCAAAUGCAUUCAGCGGGCAAUCAUCCUUGAAGCUAGGCACUUCCUUCUUAGAGAAGUGCGUCUGGAAAUCGUUGCUCCUAAAGUCCUUGACUUGUUGAAUACGUUUUCCGAAAUUGAAGAGCUUCCGCGCGAAAUCCGUCCGAUCAUGCGCCGGUUUCCUGUGGAGUAUUUCGAUCACGGUCCCGAGGCGAUCAAGCUCGAGCUUAUACGAGCGUACUUAUCGAUCAAGGCCGAAGAAACCGAC